UCUACUGCAUCAAUGGUAGAGGAGGGAAAUAAGGAGGUGUAUAAUGGAAAAAUACUGGAAAAAGUAAGUUACGUAUGGACAGUGCAAAACUACAAGGAGCAACGGAAUGUUGCGCACGGGGUUGCCCUCGAAAGCCCGACAUUCGAUGGCCCGAAUGGUCAUUCAUUCAAGAUCAAAUUCUACCCGAAUGGAGCUACACAACAUGCCUACAUCCACUAUUCUUCAUCAUUUGCCAUUGAAACUACACAUACAGCUGAGCUGCUCCUUAGUUUCCACACUAUAAAUCCAUAUCCAUUUCUAUUUCUAUCACCCGCAGCCAAGACUUCCUCAUUCCAAAAAAGAGGCCUAUACAGGCGUGUGUUUACCGUCGAAGGUGGACAUACAUCUCCUGCUAUUAAUUGGCUUAGCCGCAAAAUGGAUUCUCACAUUGGAAUAGGAUAUUCCCUAACGAUUAAGGCAACCAUUGGGGUUUUUAUCAACGCCAACCACUCCCCAAUUGAUCCUUUCCUGUUUUUUCAAGUAGGGGAUAAACGAUUCUUCGCAGAGCGGUCUAUAAUAGAGAAACGAUGCCCCCUUCUGUUACCAAAACCUUCCUCAUCCAACCCUGACGCGGACAUUGUUAUUUCGGAUGUUGAACCAGAUUUGUUUGACGCUCUGUUAUGGUUUAUAUAUAACAAGAAGCUUCAUUCUCGUGAGCAUGAACGUAUCACGAAAACCAAAUGGCGUGAUCCCAAUUCAUAUGGUAUGAGGAUCAGAAGAGUAGCUAUACGUUACGAAUUGAUGGGUUUCACUGGCGAUUCAGGGGUGGACAUGGAAGAUUUAUGUCGCCCAUUUUUGAAAGCAUGGAACAUUGUACAACGAAUUACCAAAGUUAAGAGCAAGGUAGCUAAAGUUAUGCCUAAUCCAUAAGCUAAGUGAUUCACAAAUGAUGGAUUAAGGAAGAUUGGUGUGCCUAUUCUUCUCUCAUCAGAUUUCAUUAGCAAGUUCUGUUAUUUUUUUAUGUUCGUCGAUUAUUUUCAUUCUACUUAGUAUUGGUUUCGAUUC